GUUCACACGAAAAUUGUGGCUACUGCAUCUUCAACUGGAUCCCUAGCCUCCAAACUCAAUCUCAUUUCAAUCACUCCAUCAAUGGCGGCCACCGCUUCUCCAAACCCUUCCUUCGCCGCCACAAUCUCCGACCACUCUUCCAAAUCCCCUAAGAUCCUUCAAAGAUUUACUUUCCGUCUCCCGCACAGCUUCAGAAAGACCGCCGCUCCUCUUUUCCCGACUCACAGCCGCCGCCGCCAUUCUCAAAUCUCCAAUGUUCUGUCUUCGUCGUCGUCGUCCUCCUCCACUGCCGUUCCUAAGGCGCCGCCGAAGGCAGCGGAGGCCUUCGUGUCCCGAUUCGCUCCCGACGAGCCGCGGAAGGGGUGCGAUGUGCUCGUGGAAGCGCUGGAGCGGGAGGGCGUGACGGACGUGUUCGCCUACCCCGGCGGCGCGUCCAUGGAGAUUCAUCAGGCGCUCACGCGCUCCAAGGUGAUCAGGAAUGUCCUCCCGCGUCACGAGCAGGGCGGCGUGUUCGCCGCCGAGGGGUACGCGCGGGCCACGGGCUUCCCCGGCGUCUGCAUCGCUACCUCCGGCCCCGGCGCCACCAACCUCGUGAGCGGACUCGCCGACGCGCUUCUGGAUAGCUGUCCCAUUGUGGCCAUUACUGGACAGGUGCCUCGGAGGAUGAUUGGGACUGACGCUUUCCAGGAAACCCCAAUCGUUGAGGUAACUCGAUCAAUUACGAAGCAUAAUUAUUUAGUUUUAGACGUAGAGGAUAUCCCUCGCAUUGUUCGUGAGGCGUUUUUCCUGGCCAAAUCGGGCCGUCCUGGCCCGGUUUUGAUUGACGUUCCCAAGGAUAUACAGCAACAGCUGGUUAUCCCCAAUUGGGAUCAGCCUAUGAGAUUGCCUGGAUACUUAUCUCGUUUGCCAAAACCCCCAAGUGAUAUGCUGUUGGAGCAAAUAGUGAGGCUAAUUUCUGAGUCCAAGAAGCCUGUCCUUUAUGUGGGGGGUGGGUCUUUACAGUCAAGUGAGGAGUUGAGGCGAUUUGUGGAGCUAACUGGGAUUCCUGUGGCUAGUACUUUAAUGGGGCUUGGAUCAUAUCCUUCCUCAGAUGAACUUUCACUUCAAAUGCUGGGAAUGCAUGGGACUGUGUAUGCUAAUUACUCUGUUGACAAGAGUGAUCUGUUGCUUGCAUUUGGGGUGAGGUUCGACGACCGUGUGACUGGGAAGCUGGAGGCUUUUGCUAGUCGGGCGAAGAUUGUGCACAUUGAUAUUGAUUCCGCGGAGAUUGGGAAGAAUAAGCAGCCCCAUGUGUCGAUUUGUGCGGAUUUGAAGUUGGCCCUGCAGGGGCUGAAUUCGAUACUGGAGGAGAGGAUUGGUAAGCUGAAGUUGGAUUUCUCGGCUUGGAGACAGGAGUUGAAUGAGCAGAAGGAGAAGUUCCCGUUGGGUUAUAAGACGUUUGAGGAUGCCAUUUCUCCCCAGUAUGCUAUUCAGGUUCUUGAUGAGCUGACGAACGGAAAUGCUAUAAUUAGUACUGGUGUUGGGCAGCACCAGAUGUGGGCUGCCCAGUUUUACAAGUAUCGGGAGCCCCGCCAGUGGUUGACCUCUGGUGGGUUAGGGGCGAUGGGUUUUGGAUUGCCAGCGGCAAUUGGAGCAGCGGUUGGAAGACCGGAUGCAGUGGUUGUGGAUAUCGAUGGCGAUGGUAGUUUCAUAAUGAAUGUGCAGGAAUUGGCCACGAUUCGAGUGGAGAAUCUCCCGGUUAAAAUUCUGCUGUUGAAUAACCAGCACUUAGGGAUGGUGGUUCAAUGGGAGGAUCGCUUCUACAAGGCAAACAGAGCACAUACUUACCUGGGAAACCCUGCUAACGAGCACCAGAUAUUCCCGAACAUGCUGAAGUUUGCAGAGGCUUGUGACAUACCCGCUGCUCGUGUGACCAAGAAGGACGAUCUCCGGGCUGCUAUUCAGACGAUGCUCGACACCCCUGGGCCGUACUUGUUGGACGUGAUUGUGCCACAUCAGGAACACGUCCUGCCUAUGAUCCCUAGCGGCGGCAGUUUCAACGAUGUGAUCACCGAGGGGGAUGGCAGAACCUCAUACUGAGAGGCAGCCAUUAGCAAGCUAGUUUUAGGCCUUUUUAUGCACAAGGACCAGUCCUAGCAAAAAGUACUUGCAAGUUUAGUUCUGUUAAAGCUAUGUUCUGUUUAUUGCAACUGUAGUACUGUUCUAGCAGGUUGUUAAUAUUACCAACUUUGAUAUCAGUUUUAUUUAAUACUUAGUUGUUUGGAUGCCUUUUUUAAAAUA